AUGGAAUCACCAACUCCGACUUUAAAACCUUUAUUAUUUAAUUACACUAAAAAGCUUAAGGAAAUGACGAUCCUUUUGGGACAUUCUAAAAUUCUACCAAACUUCCCCGAAAACAAAAGAGCGUUAAUUGUACAAGAAACGUUCAAGAUGAUAAUGAAGCAUGCUUCAUUAAAGGAAAUGGAUAUUAAAACGACUUUUUCUUUCUUGACCAUCAAUGUACCAUAUAUUACCUUUCCUGGAGCGAACCUUUGUUUUCAAAACCUUCCCAAAUUUGUUGGGGAUUCAUCUACAAACUCCGAAUUUUGUUCUCGACUUGCCGAUAUCUACAAAGAUAUUAAGAAGUUCAAAAUGGAAAUUGCCGAAGAUAUAAAUGAAGGAAUGAGGAAUUUAGAUAAACUCAACUUGUGA